AUGGGUACACCAUUAGCGGUACGGAGACACCACAGCGAUUGGCGCGUUGCCUGGCGUCUCGCACUCGCACACAACGCCACGCACACACUCUUUGCCGUCAUGGAUUUGCCGCCCUCUGUUUGUGGGGUGCAGUCCCGAGCGGCUCACGUCAAGCUGCCGCUGCUCGAGGAGGUGAAGGGCGUCCUAAACGAGGCGCAUUUGUACCGCGAGAAAGUCAGGGAGGUCAUGAGGCUUACGAGCUGCUCGUUCCGCGAGGACGACCCCACCAAGACACACGUCAACGCAAAUCCAGCCAGCAAAGGUAGGUGACCAUCCAUCCAUCCCUCCACACAGGCCAGCGUCUGUGUGUGUGUGUGUGUAUGUGUGUGUAGGCCACAAGGUGCCACUGGAGACUUUGCAGGAGCUGCUCAUCCAGGGAGAGAAGCUGGCCAUCUCGGUGCCGGAGCGGCAGUUUCUCAGAAACCAACUCAACGAGGUGAGGCAGGGCGGGAUGGUGGGUGGAUCAGCCAGCAGCUGCACCGCAGUCACUCACCUCACCUGACGCGUGGUCUGGUCUGGUGUGGUCUGGUAUGGCUCAGACGACGGCAUCGGAGGAGAUCACUCGCAUGGCCGAGGACGAGGAGAACCUUCCGCUUAGGGUCAAGCUCCACCUACCCACCAGAGAUGAAGAGGUGGAUGCUCCAGCUCCCGCGGUGCCCAAGGCAAAGGCAAAGGCCAAGGGGCCCAAGGCCAAGGCGUUAGCGCGCCCCACGCAAGACCAGGGCUGCUGCGGCUGCGGACGAUGA